GUGUCAACUGACUACUAGCACCGCCAACUCUCACAUGGCAUCAUGGGUUGUAUUAUACACUAAACACAGCUUCAAUACGACGCUAUGUAUCUGCGUUUCGAUGUGAUUCCACUUCUCCUAUAUAAAUAAUUCCUUCACUUUCCUCCUUUUACAUUUUCUUUACACUGAACCAUCACUUAGAGAGUGCGCUUCACACAAGAAACAAAACAAAAUGGCUAGGCGAUUUGCCAUUGUUGCGAUCUGCAUCGUCCUCAUCGCCGGCGUCGGAGGUCAAGCUCCGUCGUCACCACCAACCACCACACCAGCACCACCCACCACAACAACCCCCCCGCCAGCAGCCACUCCUCCUCCUGUCUCAGCUCCUCCACCAGUCACAACUUCUCCUCCUCCAGCCACCACCGCUCCUCCUCCUGCUACUCCUCCUCCAGUUGCUUCUCCUCCUCCGGCCACUCCUCCUCCAGUGGCAACUCCUCCUCCAGCAACUCCCCCUCCCGUCGCUUCUCCUCCACCAGCAACUCCUCCACCCGUCGCAUCUCCUCCUCCAGCAACUCCUCCUCCAGCUCCUCUUGCAUCUCCUCCCGCUCAGGUUCCAGCUCUUGCUCCUACGACGCCAGAAGCUCCCUCUACAUCUCCGUCGUCUAGCCCGCCUCUCCCGGCGACUGAUGGCCCUGGACCGAGCGUCGAAGGGCCAGGACCUUCCACAGAUUCGAAUGACCAGAAUGGAGCAAGCAAGACAGUUUCAAGCUUGGUACUUGGAUCUGUUCUCGUUUGGUUUAUGAUCUAAGCGUGGGAGCCUUUCGCUCGGUGUUCCUUGCAUUUGUUUUCAUGUUGAUGUUUGUUUGUUCCAUUGUUAUUACUUUCGGAACCGUAUUCUUUUGGAUUAUUAUCUUUUGGAGAGGAUAUUAUUGAGGAGUUGAGAUGGAGAUAUCAGGAUAUAUUUCGUUUGGAGAUAUUUUGUGGCUUCUUCCCUUCUCAUUCUAUUUGAUUAUUAGUGUACUAAAUUGCAUUC